AUGUUUGAGCAGUUGACCAUUUUCACUCCUCAAGGUGAAGUGCUUUACUAUUACAAUUGUUAUGAUAGAAAGUUUGCUGAAGCCCAGGUCAAUGCAGUUAUUUCCCAUUUGCUGACUUCGCCAAUCUCGAGAGAUCAUGGCAGCUCAAAAUACAAACUGUUGUCCAUUCCUAGUGUUUCAAAGAACGCAAAACCUUUUACAGUUUUAAGUCAUGUGUCGAAACAACCUGAACUGUAUUUUAUUAUAACUUAUCCUGAACCAUCUAUGGAAUUAAACAACGAAGCUCAAGAAGUGCUUGAUGUAGCCAUUGCCUUAUGGGAUUCUCUACCGAUUAAUGAUAUCAUAAUAAAAGCUGCUAAAGGCACUGGCAAAAAGAAUGCAUUCAACUGUAUAGACAUCUCUGGGGAAAUAAGUGAGGAUAUUGAGAAGUUUGAUAAUUACCUGAGGACAAAAUACAAUGAAUCCAUUAAGGUAGACCAGGCUAAUACUAAUAUUAACUCAGAUGAAAUCAGAGCUGAAAGUCCUGGUGCCAAGAAGAAAUCGAAGGCUAAAAAGCCUAUUAAAGGUGGCAAUAACCGUAAAUGGGGUAUUGACGGUGCAUUAGAGGAAACUGGUAAUGAUUCAGGAACUCUUGAUUUUUCUGAUCCAAACGCCAAGCCCACUGGGGAAAUGUCACAGAAUGUAGAUACCAAUAUUGAUACAUCAGAUUUUGGUAGCAAGAGUAAAUCAGGUGAUUUCUUAAUCAAAGAAAUUGACGAUAUUUUAAGUCAGCAGCAACAACAAAAGUCUUCAUCAGGAUCCGACAAUACCGGUUACACAAAAUCUGCAUUUGGAUUUUUGCAGAAGCAUUUACUUGGUAAUAAAACCAUUACUGAAAAGGACAUACAUGAAGUUUUGGAGAAAUUUAAACAGAAACUGAUUACUAAGAAUGUUUCACCUGAAGCUGCUGACUAUCUAUUAAAGCAGGUUUCAAGAGACUUAGUUGGUUCAAGGACAGAUAAUUGGACAAGUGUUGAAAAUACAGUGAAGCAAGCGGUAUCUAAAUCUCUGACUGAAGUGUUAACACCAGGUGUCUCUGUUGACUUAUUACAUGAGAUUCAGAAAAAAACUGGAAACAGAAGUGCUGACGGGAAAAAGAAUCCAUAUGUAUUCUCAGUUGUUGGUGUAAAUGGUGUAGGUAAGUCAACCAAUCUUUCAAAACUGGCUUUUUGGUUACUACAAAACAAUUUUAGAAUACUAAUUGUAGCAUGUGAUACUUUCAGAUCUGGUGCUGUCGAACAAUUGAGAGUUCAUGUAGAAAACUUGGCACAAUUGAUGGAUGAGAAGCAUAUUAGAGGUUCCAAAAAUUCUAGGGGAAAGAGUGGAAAUGACUAUAUUGAAUUGUUUGAAGCAGGUUAUGGUGGCUCAGAUUUGGUCACGAAGAUUGCAAAACAGGCUAUAAAAUAUGCCAAGGAGCAAGAUUUUGAUAUAGUUCUUAUGGAUACGGCAGGUAGAAGACACAAUGACCCUACUUUGAUGUCGCCACUUAAGAAUUUUGCUGAACAAGCGAACCCUGAUAAAAUUAUUAUGGUUGGUGAGGCUCUUGUUGGUACUGAUUCUGUUCAGCAAGCCAGGAACUUUAAUAAUGCCUUCGGUAAAAAUAGGAACUUAGAUUUUUUUAUCAUAUCAAAAUGUGAUACAGUCGGUGAAAUGCUUGGAACUAUGGUGAAUAUGGUAUAUGCUACAGGUAUACCGAUUCUAUUUGUAGGUGUUGGCCAGACAUAUACCGAUUUAAGAACGCUGAGUGUAAACUGGGCGGUAAAUACUCUAAUGUCCUAA